AGCCGGAGGCGGAGCCGGCGCUUAGCGCGGGGCGCGCAGUCACCAGGAUCAGAUCUGCAGGCUUGGUUCCUCCUUCCAGCCAUGGCUCCGCGCUGCUGGCGCUGGUGGCACUGGUCGGUGUGGCCUCGGACCCGACCGCCUCCCGCCAGGAGUACCCCGAGCUCCCACCAGCAGUUCUCCACGCAGGAGCAGACCCCCCAGAUCUGUGUGGUGGGCAGUGGCCCAGCUGGCUUCUACACUGCCCAACACCUGCUAAAGCACCACGCCCGGGCCCACGUGGACAUCUAUGAGAAGCAGCUCGUGCCCUUCGGCCUGGUGCGCUUUGGCGUGGCACCCGACCACCCCGAGGUGAAGAAUGUCAUCAACACCUUUACCCAGACGGCCCGCUCUGACCGCUGUGCCUUCUACGGCAGCGUGGUCGUGGGCAGGGACGUGACCGUGCCAGAGCUGCGGGAGGCCUACCACGCCGUGGUGCUGAGUUACGGGGCAGAGAGCCAUCAGGCUCUGGAGAUUCCCGGUGAGGAGCUGCCUGGGGUGUUCUCGGCCCGGGCCUUCGUGGGCUGGUACAAUGGGCUUCCUGAGAACCGGGAGACAUCUCUCCUCCAGCUGGCACCAGACCUGAGCUGUGACACAGCCGUGAUUCUGGGGCAGGGGAACGUGGCUCUGGACGUGGCCCGGAUCCUGCUGACCCCACCUGAGCACCUGGAGAAAACGGACAUCACGGAGGCUGCCCUGGGGGUACUGAGGCAGAGUCGGGUGAAGACGGUGUGGAUAGUGGGCCGACGAGGACCUCUGCAAGUGGCCUUCACCAUUAAGGAGCUUCGGGAGAUGAUUCAGUUACCAGGAACCCGGCCCAUUUUGGAUCCUGCGGAUUUCUCAGGCCUCCAGGACAGAAUCAAGGAGGCGCCUCGCCCAAGGAAGCGGCUGAUGGAGCUGCUGCUUCGAACAGCCACGGAGAAGCCGGGGGCACAGGAGGCUGCCCGCCAGGUGUUGGCCUCCCGGGCCUGGGGUCUCCGCUUUUUCCGAAGCCCCCAGCAGGUGUUGCCCUCGCCAGAUGGGCAGCAGGUGGCAGGCAUCCGCCUGGCAAUCACCAGACUGGAGGGUGUCGGUGAGGCCACCCGGGCAGUGCCCACUGGAGACACAGAGGACCUCCCUUGUGGGCUGGUGCUGAGCAGCGUUGGGUAUAAGAGCCGCCCCAUUGACCCCAGUGUGCCCUUUGACCCCAAGCUUGGGAUCAUUCCCAAUGUGGAGGGCUGGGUUGUGGAUGUACCAGGCCUCUAUUGCAGUGGCUGGGUGAAGCGGGGGCCCACAGGUGUCAUCGCUACCACCAUGACCGACAGCUUCCACACCAGCCAGACACUGCUGCAGGACCUGAAGGCCGGGCUGCUGCCGUCUGGUCCCAGGCCUGGCUACUCGGCUGUUGAGGCCCUGCUCAGAAGCCGAGGGGUCCGGCCCGUCUCUUUCUCGGACUGGGAGAAGCUGGAUGCUGAGGAGGUAUCCAGGGGCCAGGGCGCUGGGAAGCCCAGGGAGAAGCUGCUGGAUCCUCAGGAGAUGCUGCGGCUGCUGGGACGUUGAGCUCAUAUCCCAGCCCGGCGGGAGAAGAGGAGGGCCGUUCAGGGAGGAGGGGCUGGGGCCAGUCUGAGCGGGCCUCUGCGCCACGGCUGCAUCCCCUGCCUGCCAUGCCACGGGGCCUCGGCUGCCUCUUUUCCAGGGGUCUCUGAAUACUUUCUCCUGCCAGAAGAUCGCCUUUGUCAGUGUGGGUUUAACUCUCAAUAAGGAGAUAACCUCAGGGAUGGGCACAGGUGCAGGCUGACCUUCCUCCUCCCCACCUCUCUCCUGCUGAGGGUCACCAGGUCAGGAAUAUGCUGAAAAUAAACCAGCUGCAAACGAAGA